UGACCAGUACGCGGAUGCGCAGGCUGGUCUGGAUCCAUGCUGGUCACAAAGCCACUAUGUUGGGUUUCACGUGGCACGGCUCAAAUGCUAAUCACAUGGACUGCCGUGAAGUACUGUAACUCGUAAUUUACAACCACUUGUCCUCUUCAUAUGUAAACACAUAACAUUUGAUGCUCAUAAAAUUAGUAAACUGUCCUGAAAUGAUGACUAUAAAUCUAAGGAAACCAAAUCCACAUUCAUAUUUAAAGCUGUUGCCAAAUCUCUUAAUACUUUCUUCUUAUUUUUGAUAUUUUAGCGUUGGAAUUACAUGCGGUAAUUCUUUCUUUUUUUAUCGUGGCAAGGUAAAUUUGCUCAAUGAUGUACAUGACGACAAUUGUAAGUCUUACGCUGCUAGUUAUGGCUUAUCAUGUAGAGGCUUAUUCUGCCGGAGCACCUGAAGCUGCUUGUCAAACAAUGGUACCAGGUCACCAGGCGACUAGUUUAUCUUCUGAUCCAUUUUAUGUCAAUGUGUCCAGUGAUUAUUACUGUCCAGGUGAAGACAUACACAUUGACAUAGGGAUAUCUGCUGAAGGUAAUGCAGCAUUUCAAGGGUUUAAAGGUUUUCUGUGUAAAGCCAAUCUGAGUGGAAUACUUACAGAAUCAAUGCAUGAAGCGGGUACACUGACGGCAACUGUUCCAUACCAUAACGUUUGUUCUGAGUUCCCUUCAGUAACACAUGCAUCGAACACACUGAAAACAGAUUUACACCUCAUUUGGAGAAGUAGUAGUAGAGUAACGUCCACACAGAUGCAAGUAAAGAUCAAUUGCACGAUUGUAAUAGAUUUUUCAACCUACAAACUAGGCAUAACAACUCGUUGGAUUACACAAGGUCUACAACAGGAGUGUAAUGGUACAUCAGCUGCUGCACCGUCUUGUGCUGCGGGAUCAUACUACAAUCUCACGCAGCAGGCAUGCGUUUUGUGCCCAGCUGGGUAUUUCUGCCCGCCCAAUACAUGGACAUACGAAGAUUAUGCGUGCCUCGCAGGUUAUUAUUGUCCAACUGGCUCAAGCCUCCCUACCCAGGUUCCGUGUCCACCAGGGACAUACAGAGCAGACACGCUUGGAACCAGCAUUACAGACUGCCAUCUAUGUCCAUGUGGAAAGUAUUGCGACAUGAAUGCACUCUCUUCACCGACAGGAGACUGUAAUGAAGGUUAUUAUUGUAUUGAGGGUGCGGAGAGUGCAACGCCGACUGAUGGUAUAAGUGGGAAUUCCUGUUCAUCCGGAUAUAUCUGUCCCGCGGGUUCCUGUAAACAAACGGCAUGCAUAGAGGGAUACAACUGUACUUACGCAGAUCCUUGCCAUUGCUUCCCACCGAGCCCUCCGCAGAAUGGUAACGUGCAAAUCAUCUCCGUGAUGGGUGUGCAAGCUGUUUUCACGUGCGAUGUUGGCUACGAAUUCGCAUUUCCAGAUAUCCCAGAUGAGAGAAGCUACGGAAUAUAUUGCUGGUGCGGGGAAUGGAGGGGUUUUACGAAUGUUACAUGUGCACCAGUAGACUGUGGCGGAAAUGCUACACUGAACAACGGGUACAUAUAUUAUGGAGAUGGUACAACAUUUGGAGCAGCUUCCGUCUUCGUAUGUAACACCGGAUACAGGCUUAAUGGGCUCAGCAGUGCAGUAUGCAUGGCAAGUGGCCAGUGGAGUAGACCUAUUCCUGAGUGUGAGCUUGUUGAUUGCGGACUCCCCAGAUACACAGUUUAUGGGUUUAUAUCGGAUCCACCGGCAAACAGUAUAAUUGCCACAACAUUUAAUUCUGUAAUCACUUACGAAUGUAAUGAUGGGUUCCUACUUAAGGGUCACAAAAGUAGGCGUUGUCUAAGCUCUGGUGUUUGGAGUGGCCACAUACCCUUGUGUGUACAAGUGUUGGGGACAAAACCUGAGCCGUGUAUUAACGAUAUAGACGAUAGAGGCACAGUGUGGGAAAUAACUCCACCAGGAAUGGUAUCAACAAAGCCAUGUUUAGAUGGAUUUCAAGGAGUCAUAUCUAGAAACUGCACAGCGCUUGGACAAUGGUUGUUGCCUACCUAUAACUGUGUGCGGGAGACCCUCGAUGAAAUCACUAAACUGGUCGAGGGCGCUGCGGAAAAUCCAUCAGAAUCACUUGUAAGCACAAUUUUGACAAAUUUGUCCGAUGUUACGACUUCCGGUGCAGACGACAUAUUGUAUGAAGGAGAACUGCAGCUGGUCACUACGACGCUUGAAAAUAUAGUUGAUAUCAGUCAAAACAUAACCAUUGACGACAGCCAAACACAGAAUUUUAUAAGGACGGCUAGCAAUCUUGUGGACAAGAAGAAUGCAGACUCAUGGAAAUCAAUAAACCAGGCAAACGAGAUUAACAAUAUUACAGAAAACGGGCCUGCUGGGGUUCUAAGGGCAGUGGAUGGAUACAGUGAGGUUAUAGCUAACUCAACGACCAGUGCCAUUGAAAUAAAAGAACAAAAUAUAGUAUUUCGUGUCGCAAAUUAUACCAACAACGGAAUGGAAAACAUCAGAUUUCCCGUGCAAGCACUUGCUGAAGAGCUGCGAACAUCCUCUUUCUAUUUUCUGUCGAAUAUUUCACUUGAAGGUGUCAAGCAGUAUUCUUCGGUGUUUUACAAGAACUUGACAGAGAUAUUACCAACGUCUACAUCAAGGAGUUACAGCUCAUCUGAAAUCAACGGAGCAGUUUUGACACUUAAGCUGAUACCGUACAAAAACCACCUCGAAUCACCGCUAGAACUACAUUUUCAGCAUUUUAAUACCUUUUACAAGAACCCUGUGUGCAGCUACUGGAAUUUUGACAGUAAUGGUUGGGAUAACGAGGGUUGUACAGUGACUUCCACGAAUUCUGAAGAAACAAGUUGUAAAUGCAACCACCUCACAAACUUCGCUAUUCUCAUGAGUCCUUACAAACAGGAUGUUUCUAAGGCGUUAAACAUUGUAAGCAUCGUUGGCUGUAGUAUUUCUUUGAUUGGCUUGGUUUUGACGAUCGUAGUGCACGUCGCUUUUUGGAGGUAUGUAAAGUCUGAGCGUGUGAUCCUUAUUCUGUGUCUUUCAGCCGCUCUGAUAAUAUUCUACAUAAUUUUUAUUGCCGGAGUGGAGAGAACAGAAAAUGAGGCAAAUGUUACAUUUUUUAAACUAUAUUCUUUAAUCUGAAAUUUUAAUUUACUAAAUAUUAAUGCAUUUUGUAUUUUAUUUUAAAUGUACGUGAAACAUAAUGCUAUAAAUGAUGCAUUAUAUUAUUUUUUCUUUAAUAUACGCGAGGUAGUGCUAUAAAUUGUGAAUUACUUUU